GUUUAGCGGAUUCGGAAUUGUAACCAAGCAUCCUGGGUUCUAUACCCGAUUCAACACUAGAGCAUGCAGCCGAUCCUGGAUACAUAACUCUCAAAAGUGUGCAGUGAGGGAUCUUUAUUGGUAGCCAGUCUUUCACUUCUGCCUCUCCACUCCCAUGCCUUUCUUGGUCGGACCAACCCAACCGGCGAUUUCCGACAAGUCUUUCUGCUUAGAGCAAGAAGCGGAACCAAAAUAAAGCUUUCUUUAUUUUCAUUUAUGGAUAACCAAUCCAUUUUCCAAUAUAGUUGGGAGAUUUUACCCAAGAAAUGGGUACAUAAAAUGAAAAGAUCGGAACAUGGGAAUAGAUCUUAUACCAAUACUGACUACCCAUUUCCAUUGUUGUGCUUUCUAAAAUGGCAUACCUAUACAAGGGUUCAAGUUUCGAUCGAUAUUUGCGGAGUGGAUCAUCCCUCUCGAAAACGCAGAUUUGAAGUUGUCCAUAAUUUACUGAGUACUCGGUAUAACUCACGCAUUCGUGUACAAACAAGUGCAGACGAAGUAACACGAAUAUCUCCGGUAGUCAGUCUAUUUCCAUCAGCCGGCCGGUGGGAGCGAGAAGUAUGGGAUAUGUCUGGUGUUUCUUCCAUCAAUCAUCCGGAUUUACGCCGUAUAUCAACAGAUUAUGGUUUCGAGGGUCAUCCAUUACGAAAAGACUUUCCUCUGAGUGGAUAUGUGGAAGUACGCUAUGAUGAUCCAGAGAAACGUGUGGUUUCUGAACCCAUUGAGAUGACCCAAGAAUUUCGCUAUUUCGAUUUUGCUAGUCCUUGGGAACAGCGUAGCGACGGAUAAUUCCGAAUCUACAUAGGUCUAGUCCAGGGGACAAAUCAAUAGGAAAUGCUAUUUGCUUCUUAAGAAGAAGAACUUUUUUGAAAUGAAAGAGUUUCCACGGGCGUCGGAUAUCAUUUCUUCAAAUAAGGAAGAAGUGUUAUCGAAGGAUUUCCUUCCAUUCUUCCUAGUAUGGAAGAAGUAAAGAAAAAGUACUGCGUCUCGAUCUAUACGAAAGGGCACUGGUUUUUUCUUUCGGUUUCAUUGAUAGCAGAAGAGUACGCUAGCUAGCGGAGCCUGAAAACGCUUGCUUGCGCCCCACCCCUACGGAAACUAUUGCCUAUGCUUGCUGCUCGCUCAUUUUCAGUAGAAGGGAAGAAAAGAUGGUCACUCCUUUUAGGAACAUGGCGAGCCUUACUUACGACUGUUGCACUUCACUCGCUGCUCGUUCAUUCACUUGCUCAUGAACUCGCUGCUUCGCCAGAAGCGACUAGUCGCCUCCUUUCCUCCGCCGAAAGAUGCUUAGCCAGAAGCGACGAAGGAGGGGAGCUGGGGAAGGCCGACGAUGGCAAUGAGGGGGAAGCUGUCGUAGAAGCUUUGCCCCUUGCUUUACAUAAAUUGUUAUGAACUUACUAAAUGACCUUAUUUAUUCUCCUGGAACGCUAGCAAAUCUAAUAGUUCCAUCUGCUCUUCUUAACUUAAGAACGAAGGCCGCCAUCCUUCUUAUUCAGGAACCCUUUGUUUGAGGAGGGCGUAUCCCCGGGAAG